ACACACACACACACACACACACACACACACACACACACGUCUUAUGUAACCGAGCCUGGGCAGAGCAGGGCUGCAGAAAGCAGCCGAAUCGGCGAGCCCGGCGCCCAGGAGCAGGUGGGACCUCCUUUGGCGGGAGGGGAGUGGUGACGGCGCUCAGCUCGGCAGGCGGAAACCUCCCCAGCGCCUGAGUCUCUGCCCCCGCGCGGGGCCCGGGCGGUGCGGCCGGAGGGAGCGGCCGGAUGGAGCGGAGGAUGAAAGGCGGAUACUUGGACCAGCAAGUGCCCUACACCUUCUGCAGCAAAUCGCCCGGAAAUGGGAGCUUGCGCGAAGCGCUGAUGGUCCCGCAGGGGAAGCUCAUGGACCCGGGCUCCCUGCCGCCCCCCGACUCCGAAGAUCUCUUCCAGGAUCUCAGUCACUUCCAGGAGACGUGGCUUGCUGAAGCCCAGGUACCCGACAGUGAUGAGCCUUUUGUUCCUGAUUUCCAUUCAGAAAACUUAGCUUUCCACAGCCCCACCACCAGGAUCAAGAAGGAGCCCCAGAGCCCCCGCACAGACCCGGCCCUGUCCUGCAGCAGGAAGCUGCCACUCCCCUACCACCAUGGCGAGCAGUGCCUUUAUGCCAGUGCCUAUGACCCCCCUAGACAAAUCGCCAUCAAGUCCCCUGCCCCCGGUGCCCCUGGACAGUCGCCCCUGCAGCCCUUCCCCCGGGCAGAACAACGGAGUUUCCUGAGAUCCUCUGGCACCUCCCAGCCCCACCCUGGCCAUGGGUACCUUGGGGAGCAGAGCUCCGUCUUCCAGCAACCCUUGGAUAUUUGUCACUCGUUCACAUCCUCCCAGGGAGGGGGCCGGGAACCCCUCACAGCUCCCUACCCACACCAGCUGUCGGAGCCCUGCCCACCCUACCCCCAGCAGAGCUUCAAGCAGGAGUACCUUGAUCCCCUGUACGAACAGGCCAGCCAGCCAGGAGUGGGCCAGGGUGGAGCCAAUGGGCACAGGUACCCAGGGGCGGGGGUGGUGAUCAAACAGGAACAGACGGACUUCGCCUACGACUCAGAUGUCCCCGGGUGUGCGUCGAUGUACCUUCACACAGAGGGUUUCUCUGGGCACUCUCCAGGGGACAGGACCGUGGGUUAUGGCUACGAGAAACCUCUGAGACCAUUCCCAGAUGAUGUCUGCGUCGUCCCGGAGAAAUUCGAAGGAGACAUUAAGCAGGAAGGGGUUGGGGCGUUCAGAGAGGGACCGCCCUACCAGCGCCGGGGGGCUUUGCAGCUGUGGCAGUUCCUGGUGGCCCUGCUGGAUGACCCAACCAACGCCCACUUCAUUGCCUGGACUGGCCGGGGGAUGGAGUUCAAACUAAUCGAGCCUGAGGAGGUCGCCAGGCUCUGGGGCAUCCAGAAGAACCGGCCGGCCAUGAAUUACGACAAGCUGAGCCGCUCACUCCGAUACUACUAUGAGAAAGGCAUCAUGCAGAAGGUGGCCGGCGAGCGCUACGUGUACAAGUUUGUGUGUGAGCCCGAGGCCCUCUUCUCUCUGGCUUUCCCGGACAAUCAGCGUCCAGCCCUGAAGGCUGAGUUUGACCGGCCAGUCAGUGAGGAGGACACAGUCCCUUUGUCCCAUUUGGACGAGAGCCCUGCCUACCUCCCAGAGCUAGCUGGCCCCACCCAGCCCUUUGGCCCCAAGGGUGGCUACUCUUACUAGGCCUGGCCGCUGCUCCCCUGCCACCGGUGGGUGCUAUCUUGUGUACAUAUAGAUGCGUUUGGUGUUGGGGAAACCCUCACUCUGAAACCCACAGAUGUCUUUGGAGCAGAUCCCCACUGGCCCACCUGCCGCCCCUGCCCAGACUCUGAGCUGCUCACCAGAGUCGUUGGGAAGGAAAAAUGGAGACGCUGCAAGUGCAAAGGUGGGGUCCAGGAGCUCCUCUGGGGGUGUCGCCUCCAGCCUCUUCCCAGGCCCUGCUUAGAAGCCCAAGCUGCACUCCUCUCCCCCAACACAGAGGACGAGAGUUCACUCUGUUCUGGGUGACAGAGAAGGAGCGUUCCACUUUAUCAUGGUGGAAAGGGGUGCACUAAGCUUCCCAGAGUCUCCAUGGUGGGCAGACAGAAGCCUGCAUCCUGCACUCCGCUCCAAGCUGUGGCCCUGGAGGGUCCUGCUUGUCCAUUCUUGGUGCUCCGUGUUCUGAGAGGCAGGAGGAGGCUGGAGUCAGGGGUUAGGGGUAGGGGAGGGGCUGCAGGGUGGAGGCCAGGUGGGCUGGGUUCCUGCUUCUAGGGCCCUUUGCCUUUUCUCUGCCUAGGAUUCCACCUCCACCUCCACCACAUCUGCCAGACCCCAAUAAAGGCCCCUGCUUCUCCU